UUCAGUGAGUGAACAGAAACAGCUACAUUAUUGCAGCAAAUACUACAGUUGUGCAUCAACAGGAAGUGGGUGUAAGAUCUUCACUCUUCAAAUGACAGUUAUGACACUCAAUCUGCUGUUUAUUUUUUGGUUCAGCUUUACUCAAGAUUUUGGUGCUGACUGUCUAAAGAAUCGUUACGGAUUGAAAGGAACAUCAAUUAAUCUGAGCGUCUUUCAGAAACUUCAGCCACAUCAGAAAACUCAAGUUAAAUGGAGACGAUUCAACAGAAAAGAGAUACUUACAAGUCCAGAAGGCGUUGCCCCCAACUACAGAAACAGAAUGGAAUAUAACUUCUCAGAUGGAUCUUUGACCAUUAAAAACCUUCAAAAAAAUGACAGCGGGAAAUAUGAAGCCCUUCUGGGUUCAUGGGAGGAACAAAAUCUGGCUGCAUACACAGUUAAAGUGGAGUCUGCUGUCUCUGAGCCCUUAAUCGAAGUUAGUCAGGAUGACAAUAACACCUCUGCUGGCCUAUGUUGGGCCAGAGUGAACUGCUCGGCUGAUGGCAGCUGGGCCACUUAUGACUGUGACCAAAGUCUAUGUACAAGGACACAUGGAUAUCUGGCCUCCAUUAACAUCACUGUUACUGCAUUGGAAAGCAGAGAAGUUCAAUGUCAUGCCAACAACCAUGUGAGCAGGAAUCAUUCUAAGACACCGAACAUUAUGUGCCUGGAAAAACAGGAAAGUGAAUUGCGCGCACCAUCAGGACUUGUCUUUUGGAUUGUUUUGACCAUUUGUGUUGCUGUUGUGCUGGGUUUUCUUUUGGGUUUGGUUAUAGUGCUUGCCAAAAAAAAGAACACCACAAAGAUUCAUCCACAGUCUAGUCUUGCUGUGAUAAAUGGAACAGUGAGUGAACAGGGUCCAGAAUCUAUGUACUGCACAGUGCGCAAACCAAACACGUCCCACACUCAUGAGGCAAACAACACUGACAUUGAAGGAACCAUCUACGACACCCCAUCAAGACAACCUAAGGUUCAUCAAGCUGUCAGUGUGGAUGUAAUGAUAGAAAAUCAGGAGCAACAGCGGCCUCAAGAGGACAACACUGUUAAAGUAAGAGCUACAGUACACCAGGCAGCAGAACAGGAUUCAGAACAAAUAAACACAGUUUACUGCAAACUUGGAGAGAUAUGACUCUGAUUAGAUGACUCCUUUUCAUAGUUUAAUUAUUAAAUAUUAGCCUAUACAUUACUUAAUCUACAGUAUGCACAAUUUACGCUGUUUAUGUGGCUCUGCUUAGUUAAAACCAACUUAUUACAGAAAAUAGUAUUUUUGUCAGAAUUGUAUUAUUAUUAGAGAUUACUAUAGUGCUUUUUAUGUUCAA